GUUCAGUCUCCAUGCCUCAAGCCUGCCCUGGACUAGUUAAUAAACCACGCGUGUGCGCGGCGCGUCACGGGGUGCAGAAGUCUGGCGGCAGCGCGGGUUGCUUGUACGUCAAACCAACAGUCUCCGCAGCGAUGGCGUACCCCAUGGUCUCCCCUCCUUCUCCUCCUCCUCCUCCUCCUCCCGUGAUCGCCCCCAUCGUCGUGCAGCCCCCGGCGGUCACCCAGGGCUGGAGCACGGGACUGUGCGAGACAUGCAGCGACCUGGGCAUCUGUGCCUGCGGGAUGUUCUGUCUGUGCUGUCUCUCUGCGCAGGUGGCAGAGGGUUUUGGGGAGUGCUUUGUGAUUGGCUGGCUGCCCUGCUCUCACUGCGCUCUGCGCACCGGAAUGAGGGAGCGCUACUCCAUCCCGGGCUCCAUGAUCAAUGAUUACUGUGUCGUGUGGUGCUGUCUGCCCUGCGCCAUGUGUCAGAUGAGACGCGAGAUUAAAAUCAGAACCACCCAGGCCAUCCGGUGACAGGACCAUCACAAUGAAUCAUUCACGUCAAUAAAAUAAAGUAUUAUUAUUAUUAUUAUUAUUAUAUUAUUAUACAUUGUCAUUUUGUAUCAUAUGCCCUGUGUCUAAUAUUAAAAAUAAACAUGUUCUUGUAAUUAUUAUUUUGAGCCCUAUAAGCACAUCUUCAUGCGUGUUACAUUGCAGAGGCAAUCCUGAUCCUGGAGGGAGAUCCACUCCGGGUUUAACAGGUAAAAUGAGAUCAUUGUCUACUGCAGGGUCCAGGAGCUCGGAACAAGGUUGGAACAAAGACCAGGAAUGGAUCAGCACUCCAGGACUGGGAUUGGACAUCACUGUUACACCGCAUUCACACAAACGACACUUUUUUUUUUCAGUUGAAUACAGUUCCCUUUUUUUAUUGUCUCGUCUGUAAAACUCCAAACGCGUUCCAUCAUACGAUACUUCAGACAGGGGUGCGAGAAACAAAGCCACCAAUCAGACAGACAUCAUUAGUGUUUCAUGUAAAACAUCAGAGUGUAAACUGAAGCGCGGGGAGUUCAGCUGGCAGAAUUAACAGCCCAGAGUGUUACGGUGGAACCCUAAAACAUUUAAAAAAUAAAAUCAACAUUAGCAGGCAUUAAACUGUCCUGCAUCUUCUUUCUUUGAUACAAAAACACAAUCAAAUAAAAUA